CGAUGGCGAAAAUCAUUUCUUUGCUUAUUUUGAUGACACUCCUCGACACUGAUCUUGUUAUUUGCUCUCUGGUGCUGCUUCUGCGCUGUCGCCUACGUCUGGCCAUGCUCUCCGGAGUUCAGUAAAAAUCGUUAAGUGAAAUCAUGCGCAAACCUAAGUUAGAAGUAUACCUUGCACUUAUGUAUAGCUGGAUGCGUCACAGCUAAAGUAAAGGCUUCGGUUUUGCAAACGUUUUUGACCGUGUGCUUCGAAAACACUGAAUAGCUGACUGCUACUUGUGUCUGUACGAAAACUAACUGGAGUUUCUAUAUGUGAUAAAUGAGUUUUCGUUUUCGUUUGUAAUCACUGUAAUUUAUAUUUUCUGUCUAACAUUUUUUCGAUGUCAAUGGUUUGCAUUAUCGACCCUAAUCUUCCUUUGGGCUUCUAUGCUACGCACCUGUCUGUCAUUACUAUGUGAUGAUGAUGUUUGCAUUGAAGUACGUACUGACGGUAAUGGCCGGUGCUGUCGUGGCGCAGUACUCGGAUCCCGCCUCACACGGAUUCACCAUCAACGCACCUGGUCUCACAAAUACCGCUACAUUUGGUUACGGGUCUGGUCUAUCUUCCGGACCGGCUACCCGGCCCGCGGCUGCUGCCGACCCAGUGGCCCGCCCAGCGGUCGCCAGGUCGUACGUGCCCCUGUCAUCCUCUAAUGCCGAUCCUCAAGUCACAUUGACACAGCGCUCCUUUACGUUAUCAAAUGUCGGUAGUGUGGGAGGUCCGACAGGCUCUGUGAUUGGUGAACGACGUCUCCUCACUAGUUCCAACGCGGUUCUUCCUCGUCAGCAAACAGGUGCCGGUGUGCCCGCUGGACGUCAGCUGGGCGGCAACGCUCUUGGCACGACGGUUGUUACCCUCUCGUCUCGUGGCCCUGGGGGUGCUCCUGCACCCCUUUCCAACUACUAUGGUGGAGCUGCCGGAGGGCGCCGUUUGGUUUCAUCGAGCGGAGCCGUUGGAGGGAGCCCGUUUAAUCCUACUAUCCAACGCGAGCCUUCUCGCUUCCAGUAUGCUCCCCCUCAGGCGCGAGGCAAUUUCGCUCCGUCGCACGGUUACACUGUGAAUGCUCCUGGAUUCACAAAGCACAAAACAUUUGCCGGCCCCGCUGUCCACGGAACUAACCAAGCCUUCCUCCAUGCUUCGUCCGGAUGAGAAAAAACAAGCCAGAAAAAAGUGUCAUCGAAAAACGUGAUUGCAGAAAUAAUCAUGAGAAAAAUGAAUUUAAAUAAACGUUGCGACGAUACGAUUUGUAACUUAAGCGAUUGAAAGAAAACACAUAGGAACUUGUUUUAACAAAACCGUUAGCAUAGGGUGUCUUCUUGUAAUGCUCGUUGUUGUUAUACUUAAUAAAUGCUAGUCUUAAUCAGAUGUUAUCAUUGGUUCCUCUAACGUGAAUUUAAAGCCCUACACUAUUUAUAUCAUAAAGCACUAUCUCGUCAGGCGUAUCUUAGGCUGUAUAGCGAUUUGCUUUUUUACACUUUGCUAUAAAUUGCCGGAAAGACCGUUUAUUCAGGUUGUUCGGCCUAUUUGGAGGGCAUAUAUAAACUUAACGGUUAUGACCUGUUUGAAAAUAAUUCAUUCUUUUGUAACAUGUUUGCAUCAUCUCGACAGUCAUUUACCUAACCUGUUGCUUCUAUAUUUAUAUAAUAACGUAAACACUUUUUAUUUGUGUGCCCACCCCGAAACCCCUUCAAGAUUAUAUCUCGCUAUUUCCGUUCGCAUUCAUUGUCUUCGUAUUUGUCUAUGAUAUUUGUUUUCUUACUUCGGGCUAUCAAUAUGCUAACCGUUGCUCAUAAAGGCAUUCGAUGCUGAUGAAAAGUACACACUACGUGGAACACCAAUGUUCUAAUGGUUUUCUUGGCGUUCCAUGUUUCUGUUAUUGUUCAAACAUAUUUAUUAAUUAAAAUUAAAGAAUUAAAAAUAUUCAGUUGCCUCUAAAUGA